AUGACAAAAGAAGAUUUUACAAGCUCUGAUGAUACAAGAUCUCGAGUCGAUUUCCGCUCAAUAAUACUGGAUCUAUUCACUGUUUUUAAAAACACAGAUGAGCACAUAGUAUCUGCUAAUGUUUUGUCACCAACGUUUUUUGAGGCUAAUCACUAUGAAAUAUUAUCAUCGUUGAAAAAGAAACACAAGUCCAAUGAUAGAGACGCUGUCAGUUUGAUACAAAAGUAUAAUGCUGGAGAGUACAAUUUCAACCCUUAUCUUCUUUUCCAUGACAUCAAAGUGGUUUCCGCGAUUUUGUUGAAUAAGCAAAAACCACAAUCAAAGAGAUACAAGGAAAUUGAUUUUUUUUACAAGUUUUCUACCGAGUUGUUGUUGCGGGAAACAUUCAACCUCUCACAGUUGGCCAAUUCCACACAAGAAUUGUCUGGAAUUGAAAAUGAGCUCGAGCUACAGUUGGAGGAUGACUUUGAGAAAAUCUUUACCAAUUAUACUUUGAGCAAUGGUGAGGUCAUCACGUAUACCUUUAAAACGGAAGAGCAAGAACAACCAAGCUUGACCAAGACGUAUAAUUCUCAAGAACCAGCGGCACCAACUAAGCAGAAUGUUCAAGUAUUAUUCACUUCUACAAUCAACAAGUCUAGCUUGGACACUGCACCAACAUUAGUCAACGAUCCAUACACUGUAGCGCAAGUUGUACCAAGCAUUAAAGAUACAAAGGGAAGGUCUACACUUGAGAACUUGUCCCCAGCAACCGGAGUAUUUCCCUCGCCUUUGGAUCAGCCUACAAAUAUCUUGCACGAUUUUUUUCACCCAACGUGGUACACAGUUGCUAUGCCCACAUGGUUAACUUACAAAGCAUUGGGGUUGAAGCUGAGUAGCCUGUCUUUUGGUAAUACAAAGGGACCAAACGAACCUCCCCAAUUGAGUAUUCUCCAAGAAGCUAAAAACACGUCGUCUUCGAAUCCAGUUUGGAACUCAGGCCAUAAUUACCAAUCAUUUGCACCACUAUUUGAUACAAAGGGCUCAAUUGUUGCUGACAAAUUGAAAGGAAGUGUUUGGUUGAGCCACAUUGGGUUUAAUGAGAUUGAAAAAUUAAAGAAGCAAUAUUUGAACAGUAGUAUUCCAGCCGAAAAUGAUGAAACCAAAGUGGAAGAUUUGGACAAUAAUCAGUUUGAGCGGAAUAAUGAAAAAGUCGCCGAACACACGGCGAAGAAAGAAGGAGAGGAAGAAGAAGAAAAAGAAGAAGAAGAAGUAGUAGAGAAAAAGAAGGAAGGAGAGGAAGAAAAGGAGGAGAAAGAGGAAGAGAAAGAGGAGGAAAAGGAGGAGGAGGAGGAGGAGGAAAAGGAGGAAGAAAAGGAGGAGGAGGAGGAGGAGGAGGAGGAAGGGAAGGCACCGGGACCUACUGCUAAAAAUGGUUCUUUGGAGUAUAUAGACUUAGCAAAUUUGAUAAAGUGGAAUCCGUCUGAGGUCGAAGGAUUUGAAUUUUUGAAAUCGCAUCGUGCAGACUUGUUAUCCCCUACUAAGAUUCAAAACUUGAUAUCCAUCGACUUGAUAAAGAUGAACAAGUUACGUCAAGAAAGGUAUUUCAAUAGCGACGCUAGGAACCCACUGCCCCCAGACUAUAAAGAAGUGAAGUUAUAUGAAAGAGUACAAAAAUUGAUUACACUUGCUAUGAAAUUGUACAAACUAAACCCAAGUGAUUUCAAAACUAAGUUUAGUGAAAAGAUACCAGUUUUGAUUAGCGAAUAUAAUGGUAAUUUGCCUGGUGUGCCCCUGAAUCGUAUGAUGAAUGUAACGGGCUUGGCAAUGAAUAGCCAUCAUCUAUCCAAACCGGGAAGACUAUCCGGUUUGCGAACACCAAGUUCUCGUGGAAGAAGAGGAAGAUACCUUCACUAG